CUUGGGUGGGUAUUUUGUCUCAGUUUUUGGGGUUAUCUCUCGAUGAUGAAAAAUAAUCUCUGGCAGUGAUACGUGCACGAGUGCUGUAGGGCAAUUUACCAGACUCUUCAUUGGGGAAGGAAACAACCUUGUAUAUUUCGCAUAUACAACUGCUCAGGGAGAGAAGUGAACAUUUUUUUAAAUGUUCAUCCCUGCAGAAUCACGAGAGUUUGUUAUAACCUCGAUUAUCCAAAUUAUUUGGAAUCCAUAGCAUCUUCAUGUUCCUGAAAUCUCCGGAAAGUGGUUUGUCUGUACUCUUGCGAGAGUAACAAGUCCCUCGUUCGUCACCUGCCGUCUCUUUUUUUGUUGAAAAAAUUGCACUCGUACCACCCCAUCCCCUCUCCCCCCGCCAUCGAUGUGACACCUUUAACCUCGGGGUGUUCUCUCCAAGCAACCAAGGAACCAACAGGCAAUUUUUAGUUCAACUCUCCCCCUCUCGUUGUAAAUUUCUCUCGUCAUCCAUGAUAUGGAGAUUUGAUAGUUGCUUUAUUCGCGAUAUCAUCGACGGUGGAUUCCAGUUUUGGGGAUUGAAUAAAGAAGAGUGUCUCGAGGACGGCAGGUCUUUCACUCAAACCAAGAGACCUCAAGGUCUCGCUUUGAUCAGGAAUGUCCCCGCCCUCCUCAUCAACCUCGUCUCUACCAUCAGCCAAAGGCAUCGAAGCUGAUAAACCAGCUAGUGGGAGUCCAAGCCCGGUGGAAAGGCUGGACGAUGGCCCAGGGCCGAGCAAUGCCGACGAGGAGUCAAUUAAAACCGACAACAACGAGUCUGAGGAAUUCUCGAAUGGACCUUACGAGGGUGAGGAUGAAACGAGCGAGGAAGAGAGCGAGGUGAGUGACAAUGGGUUGCAGUGUGAUGUCGAGUGUGAUGAUGGUAUCAUCGACGACUCAUCAUCCAACUCGGACCUUCAAAGGCCAGUGCUGCAGACCUGUGUGCCCCUCAAUGUCGUCCAGCCACUCAGGAAGAGAAAGAGUGAAACUGAAUUUGUCAGUUCGCCCUGCAAAAAACUCAAUCCUGAGGAGAAGGUGACGUGUCCUUUACUGGGAAAGAAGCUCGAUGAUAAAGGGAAACACGUGAGAUUUGUCAUUCCGACCAGGGACAAUCCGCCACCUGAAAUGAGUGAUUGGCUUCUUCAAUUCCAGAGGUGGUCGAAUGCCGAGAGAAUGCUAGCCAUAGACGAAUUAAUUGAGAGAUGUGAGCCAACGCAAGUUCGACACAUGAUGCAAGUGAUAGAGCCUCAAUUUCAACGUGACUUCAUAUCUCUUCUACCGAAAGAAUUGGCUCUUUCAGUUCUUGCAUUUCUCGAACCGCGAGAUCUCCUUCGAGCAGCACAGACCUGCAGAAACUGGCGAUUUCUCGCUGACGAUAACCUUCUGUGGAAGGAAAAAUGCCUGUCCGCGGGAAUUGAUGAUCUCAGGGAUUUGCCACCCACUAAACGUAAGGCAUGUCGUACUACUGGCAAUUGUGGGUCACCGUGGAAACAGGCCUACAUGAGACAGCAUAAUAUCAAAAUGAACUGGAGGACGAUGCCAAUAAGGCCGCCCAAAGUCCUCAAGGGUCACGAUGAUCAUGUCAUCACUUGUUUACAAUUCUCGGGGAAUAGAAUAGUUAGUGGAUCCGAUGAUAAUACUCUCAAAGUCUGGUCAGCUGUUACUGGAAAGUGCCUGAGAACCUUAGUAGGUCACACAGGUGGUGUAUGGUCCUCCCAGAUGGCCGGUACAACAGUGAUAAGUGGCAGUACAGAUAGAACGUUAAAAGUAUGGAAUGCUGAAACUGGUCAAUGCAUUCAUACCCUCUAUGGACAUACCUCGACAGUGCGUUGUAUGCAUCUCCAUGGUAAUAAAGUUGUCAGUGGCAGCAGAGAUGCAACACUGAGGGUGUGGCAAGUCGAUACUGGCGAGUGUCUUCAUGUACUCGUUGGUCAUUUGGCAGCUGUGAGAUGUGUGCAAUAUGAUGGUAAAUUGGUUGUCAGUGGUGCCUACGAUUACAUGGUUAAGGUGUGGAAUCCAGAGCGUGAGGAGUGCCUACACACACUUCAGGGUCAUACCAAUAGGGUUUAUUCACUUCAGUUUGAUGGCGUUCACGUGGUGUCUGGUUCCCUGGACACUAGCAUAAGGGUAUGGGAAGUCGAGACUGGAGCUCUACGACAUACUCUUAUGGGCCACCAAUCUCUCACGUCGGGUAUGGAACUUCGUAACAACAUUUUAGUAUCUGGUAAUGCUGAUUCCACUGUCAAAGUUUGGGAUAUUGUCAGUGGACACUGCCUUCAGACAUUAUCUGGUGCACACAAGCAUCAAUCUGCCGUUACUUGCCUACAAUUCAACAGCCAUUUUGUUAUUACCUCGUCUGAUGAUGGGACUGUCAAGUUGUGGGAUGUUAAAACUGGUGAAUUUAUACGGAAUCUCGUAGCUCUAGAAAGUGGAGGUAGCGGUGGUGUUGUCUGGAGAAUUCGUGCCAGCGAUACUAAACUCGUAUGUGCAGUUGGUAGUCGUAAUGGUACUGAAGAAACAAAACUACUUGUUCUUGAUUUCGAUGUCGAAGUCAAAUUUUGAGACAUGGAAGCAUUUAAUAAUAACAAAAAUCCUAAGCAAAUGAAUAAUGGUUCAACGCCACGUCGUGCCUCGGUACGCAGUCACGGUAUUUCAAAUUUUGUAAAUAACAACUUAGGUAGGUGCAUUAAGAAAGAAAAAGAACAAUCUACUUGUACAAUGUUUCAUGUAUUAUUAUUAUGGUCUGAUUUGUGAUAAGACUGCACACGAGAGAUUCCCUUUUUUUUAUGUGAAAAACUAGUGGAGAUGUGUGAGAGAAAGAUGGAACAUUUUUUUCUAGAUACAUUGGGACAGAGAGUGGGAUUAACGUCCACUCGAAGCCCCCCAGAAUGAGGUAUGAAUUGAUCAAAACUCUUAUGGGAAAAUUUAAUUAACGAAAUCAAUGUGAGGCAGCUUAUCGAUUAAUUUACAUAUUAAUCAAAUCAAUUGAAACUAGUAAAAAAAUUCUUUAACUAAAUCUAUUUACGUUUUUUAUAAACGAUUUUUUACCAGUGUACUAGACUCAGUUAUGCCAAACGAUAUCUUAAUUUCAAUAUCUUCAGAGAGAGUCUAAUUGAAUAAUUAAUUCCUGCCUGGUGGCUCUCGUUCCACAUAAAUUCAGAGCCACAAUCAUUAAAAUUGACAAGAAAAACAUAUGAAUCUUCUCACGUGGAAAACAUAGAGUUACUUCAGUCGUGCUGCGACAAAUUAGGCACGUGCAUACGUAAUUAUGGUAUUUUUAUAUACAAUUUGCCCCUAUCCCCUCUUACCCCCGUGUGCGUGACAGUCGCAAUAAUUCUUAUUCUGGAAAUUUGAAUGAUAGAUGAAAAGGAAGGAAAACGAGUGUAAUUUGUAAUAAUAAUUAAUCAGCGAGCUUCUUUUACAAGAGUAGGGGAAAUAAAUUGGGACACGCAUUUGUUGUUGGUGGGUCAGUGGACUGAAUUGUGUGUCGAAUGAAAGAUCAUUGUAUAUAAGGAAACAAUAAGAUGAAGAAACUGAACGAAGAUGAAGUCGAAAUCAGUGACGAAUAUUCUAAUAGAGAGAAGUAAUUAAGAAUAAUUUUCACACUGUAAAUGGCCAAGCUGAAUCAGCAAUCUCUUAAUCGAUGUCCAAUGAUCGAUUACCUCGUGUUUAUUCAGACAAACAAUAUGAAAAAUAAUGAUUUUUUGAAUGGAACAUAGGAGUACAGAAAAAAACAGCAAAAUUAUCGUAAUUGAAUGGAGAAAAAGUAAAACUGAACAUCUCAGUAAUUCCACGUGCCAAUACUUCAAGUGUUCAAGUCUCCAUUUUAAUAAAUUUAAUGUGCAAUACACUCACACAUACACACCAUAAGUUUUUUUAGAUACUUUUGUUGGAUCGACUGAUAGAGGAAUUAUCAUUUACUUCUUUAAUAAUUUAAUUAUUUUGUGAAUGUGUCGGAGAAUGGGGAAAUGGAUAUAUUUUGAUUAGGUGAUUUAUUGGCACGUGGUUGUACCCAUGAUCGCGUUUUAUUUGUAUAUUGCUCAAUAGUUUAUAUUACUAUAAUGUGUUAUCUGUUGUAUCAUUUUUUAUAAGAAAUAGAAAAUGUUGCUGCAUUUUGGCGAUGAA